AUGGAUGAAAUCAGUGCUGAACAAGGGUUGCUGCCAUCGGGCCCAGCAGGCAAUGACGUGGAACACAAUACAUGUGCAAUUCAAGAUGUAGACCAAGCUGUCAUGCUUAUAGCUAAAUCGAACAAGACUCUUGAAUCGAAAACGAAUCGCGAGCUGAUUGACGACGAAACGUUUACCAACAUAGCAUCAGUCGACAUUCAAGAUCAUACUAAUGACAAAAAUACCACAGCAGAAUCGCACACAAUUGUUUUAGAGUCACAAUCCCAGAACAAUGAUGCCACAGAAAACGAAAAUGAGUCUCUUGGUACCGUGGUAGAAACGUUGAAGCCAGCGAUGGACACAUUGGAAAAUGUCGCUGAUACCACGGAGGGGGCAGAAGCAAUGCGAUGGGAAAAGCGGUUUCAAACCGAAUCUGAAUCGUUGAAGCCACUGGCCGGCGCUGUGGAGACUAUUGAUGAAACGUCACAAGAGGACGAAAACGAGAGAGCGGAACAACUGAAAUGGUCUGCCAAAGUCUCGCACCAUGAAAGGAGUGCUAUUACAGAUAGGAUUAUUCACAAUGGAUCGCAGCAUAUCGGAGUUGAUCCCACUUUAUCAUCAAUGCCUUCACAUGCCACUCAAGUGAGGCCGAAGAGGGCGCAGCGGGUAAGCAGUAAGCGAAGUUACGUUGAGGCCCUGGAGGCAUCGCGUGUCCCUGAAACUGCAAGCGACCUGUGGGAAGCCAUCCGCCCAGUACCGGAGCAAGGGUUUGAAGAGUCCCUUUUUUCAUCAGCUAGGGUUGGGGCUACUUCAAAACGAUAUUCGAAAAGGAAAAAAGAAAAAUGCAAGCCAGAGAGUCAUCCAAUCGUUUCCAAUGUUGUAUUUAACAAACGGUUCUUAGAUUUCAAUCGAUCUCCGCGAGGAUAUCUUGACGAAUUGGUUCGAAUCUCUAAAUCAGCCGUACUCACAAAAGAACAACAGUCUCGCCCUCAUUAUGAAUCCAUUCCUAUUGAACCAGAUUUAGGAGAUUCGGCGUCUCGGGUUGGUCACAGUUAUCAAGCUCGAGUAUCAAAAUCCCCAAAAGACUACAGGGACAAGUUUGGUGAUGGGUACCUGCCAGAAUAUGAUACUCUCUGGGACCCGUAUCGGGCAGACGCAGCUGAAAGACAAGGGCAGGACAUUGACGGUUUUCUCAAUAUCAACUGCGAACUUGUCAAGAAAGAAUGCCUGAUGACCCUUUUGCAUCUCUAUGACUACAAUGUUGCUAUGGCGGAGUCAGAAUACAGAAGAAUAAGGGCGUUUGGAGGGGAGCCGUCGUCGAAGCUAUCAAAAGAACAAUCAAGUGUUUUCAAAGCGUUUCUCAUGAAUGAAAAAAAGGACUUCGUUGUUCUGGCAGAAAAAAUAAACCGCAGCAAAUCAGAUUCUCUGAUCCACUACUAUAAUUGGAAGAGAGUGGAUUCGCAUUAUCCAACAUUGAAAGCCGAAUGGAAGAAUGACUUCUGUUUUAUUUGUAAUGAUGGCGGUGAUCUUCUCGUUUGUGAUGGAUGCGAGAGAGCUUAUCAUUUGGGAUGUCUUAAACCACCACUUGCCGAAAUUCCAGAAGGUGAUUGGUUUUGUCCACUUUGCGUGAACCGCAAAACCAAAGCACUUCCGAUCUCCACACUGUCGCCUUCAGCAAUUGGUAAUAGACUGCGGUUUUCUGAGAAAGAAGAGGAUGGAAGUCGUUUGCACCGAGAGUGUAAUGGAAUCAUUUGGGAUAAAAUGAAUCAACAAGCUCUCGGAGACUCCGGAAACGGAUCUUUACGAAAACCUGAAAACGACAACCCAAGAUCACCAGAUCAAGUCCAAAUGGCACCUGUUUUAGAUGAACUUGAUGCCGAAUAUUCUGUCGUCAUUUAA